UACUUUCUGGUUUUCAAGGAAACCCUACAGUUGAUAAUUGUUUUGAGAAGGCGAAAUCCCUAAGAAAUUUGAUUUGUUUAAGCAUAGGAUAUGUCUGAUAUCAGGAAAUGGUUUAUGAAAGCACACGAUAAAGGAAAAGGCACUGUUAGUGCUUCAAAGCGGACAAAUGCAGUAGAAACGGAAGCAGAUUCUGUACCUGGAGGCCAAGAAAAUUCAGGCAGGAGGAGAACUAGCAAGUAUUUUCCUGCAGAAAAGCAAAAGGUGAAAGAUGGACAAGAAAAUGAACUUCCAGCCAAGAGAAAAGUUCAAAGUGACAGUAUUGAAAAAGCCCCACCUUCAAAGAAACCAAGCAAAGACGAUGUUGAUGAUGAUUUUGUUCUAUCCAAAUCUAAGAACUCUGUUGAUGUCACUCCAAGUAAGAAACUGAAGUGUGGUUCAGGCAAGAGUGUUGCCCAAAAAGCUGUAGAUAUUGGUGAAAGUGAUGAAGAUGAUGUUAAAGAUUUGGCGUCUCCUGUAAAGUCAGGUGGAAAGAGUCUUGGUGGCAGGAGUUCCACAAAAGGCCCAGCUAACGGAAGAGGCAAAGUUGGUGAUAUUGACCUAAGCGAUGAAGACGAUGUUAAAGAUUUGGAGUCUUCCAUAAAGUCGGGUGGAGGGGGUCGUGGUGGCAGGGGUGCGUCAACAGGAUCAGCUAGUGGAAGAGGAAGAGGUGGUGGACGAGGUGGAUUUAUGAAUUUUGGACAAAGGAAAGACCCUCCACAUAAAGGAGAGAAGGAAGUCCCUGAAGGCGCUCAUGAUUGCUUAACUGGUCUAACUUUUGUAAUUAGUGGAACACUUGACAGUUUGGAAAGACAAGAAGCAGAGGACUUAAUCAAACGCCAUGGUGGUCGCAUUACUGGAUCUGUCAGCAAGAAAACGAAUUAUCUUUUGUGUGAUGAAGAUAUUGGAGGUCGAAAGUCCUCUAAAGCCAAAGAGUUUGGCACUAAAUUUCUUACUGAGGAUGGAUUGUUUGACAUGAUCCGUGCUUCAAAUCAUGGAAAGCUCCAUUGAAAGGACAGUCAAACAAAUCUGCGGCCACUGACACCCUCCCUACCUAAGAAGAGUCCCCAGAAAGCAGAAGUGAAAAGCAACUUUUCAUCAGCAGCACUAACCAAAUGUACAAGUGCAAGUGUCCCAUCUGCCAAGAAAGGAGGGCAACUGCUCCAGCGUUCUUCUCUGCCAUGGACUGAAAAAUAUAGACCAAAAGUUCCAAAUGAGAUCACUGGGAACCAAUCACUGGUUAAACAACUCCAUGAUUGGCUGGCACAAUGGGACAGGCAAUUUCUUGGUAUUGGAAGCAAGGGAAAGGGCAAAAAGCAAAACGACCCUGGUGCUAAAAAGGCUGUUCUCUUAAGUGGAACACCUGGAAUUGGGAAAACUACAUCAGCAAAGUUGGUCAGUCAGAUGCUGGGUUUCCAGACCAUUGAGGUAAAUGCUAGUGAUAGUCGUGGAAAGGCCGAUGCCAAUAUUUCUAAAGGAAUUGGUGGAAGCAAUGCAAAUUCCAUAAAGGAACUAGUUAGCAAUACAGCUUUGGGUUUUAAUAUGGACCGUUUAAAACAUCCAAAGACUGUCCUGAUUAUGGAUGAGGUGGAUGGCAUGUCUGCUGGUGAUAGAGGUGGGAUAGCUGAUCUUAUUGCUAGCAUAAAGAUUUCCAAAAUCCCAAUCAUUUGCAUCUGUAAUGACCGCUACAGUCAGAAAUUGAGGAGUCUUGUAAACUACUGUUUGCUUCUCAGUUACCGUAAACCUACAAAACAGCAGAUGGCAAAGAGAUUAAUGCAAGUUGCAAACGCUGAAGGUCUUCAAGUUAAUGAGAUUGCUCUGGAGGAACUUGCAGAAAGAGUGAACGGAGACAUGCGCAUGGCCCUAAAUCAGUUGCAGUACAUGAGUCUGUCCAUGUCUGCUAUUAAUUAUAAUGACAUAAAGCAACGCCUUCUUAUCAGUUCCAAAGAUGAAGACAUUUCACCCUUCACAGCUGUUGAUAAGCUGUUUGGAUAUAAUGGUGGAAAGUUGAGAAUGGACGAAAGAAUUGAUCUAAGCAUGAGCGAUCUUGAUCUCGUUCCACUUCUUGUUCAGGAAAAUUAUAUUAAUUAUAAGCCGAGUUCGAUUGGUAAAGAUGACAGUGGGAUUAAACGAAUGAACUUAAUUACCCGAGCUGCUGAGUCUAUUGGUGAUGGUGAUAUAAUCAAUGUGCAGAUUCGAAGAUAUCGACAGUGGCAGCUCUCACAAACUAGUACCCUUUCGUCGUGCAUCAUUCCUGCUGCAUUGCUACAUGGACAAAGGGAGACACUUGAACAGGGAGAACGCAAUUUCAAUAGAUUUGGUGGGUGGUUAGGAAAGAAUUCAACUAUGGGCAAAAAUUAUAGGCUUUUGGAGGAUUUUCAUGUUCAUUUUCUUGCUUCACGUGAAUCUUGUUCGGGAAGGGAAACACUUCGACUAGAAUAUCUCACAUUGCUUCUGAAAAGAUUGACUAAUCCACUUCGAGACAUGCCUAAGGAUGAAGCUGUUAAGCAGGUUUUAGAGUUUAUGAACACAUACUCAAUAAGCCAGGAGGAUUUCGACACUGCUAUGGAGUUAUCUAAAUUCCAGGGGUAUCCAAAUCCCAUGAAUGGCAUUCCACCACCUGUCAAAGCAGCACUGACAAAAGCAUACAAUGAAGGAAGCAAAACACGAAUAAUACGAGCUGCAGACUUGAUAACUAUUCCUGGAAUGAAAAAAGCCCCAAAGAAGCGGAUUGCUGCAAUUCUAGAACCCUCAGAUGAUGGAUUAGGAGAGGAGAAUGGUGAGGUGGCGGAAAAUGAGAACACUUCAGACACAGAGGACUUGGAAGGUACUACCGAUGGUGAGAAGCUGCAGGCUGAACUUCAGAGUUUGAAUUCAAAAGGGAUCGAAGUACAAAUGGAGUUGAAAGGGACAGGGAAUUCAAGUGCUAAGAAGGCACCGGCUAGUAGAGGAAAAGGUGGUGGUAGGACCGGAAAUGUGGAAAAGAAAGGUGCGCGCGGUUCAGGGGCUGGAGCAAAGAGAAAAAGGUAAGAAGUAUGCUAUAGUGUGGCCAUUCUACAAUUUUGGCAGUGUUUAUAAGCAGUGGAAGUAGCAUGUCCUCUCGACGACUACGUGGAAAUCUUUGAUGUUUGUAGUGUUUUGGUGUAGACAACUUUCCUAAUUCCUAUUCCUAUGGUGUUUGAUGCUAAACUGUUUUGGAGCCAUUUUUUCAGUAUGUAUGUUAUGAAUUGGUGAACCGUCCAAAA